UUGACAUUUGAGUUGACUGUUAGACUCAAUCACUGGUUUUAAUUGUGAGCAAGUUCAUUUAAUUGUGUUUAAGUGCUAUUCACAUCAUAUAUCAUGGCCAACUAUAGCGAGGAUCAGAUUAUGGAAUUUCAAGAGGCGUUCUCACUGUUCGACAACAGAGGCGAUGGAAAGAUAAGUGUCUCUCAGUUGGGGGAUGUGUUGCGAGCGUUGGGACAAAACCCCACCGAAACGGAGGUCAAGAAGUGCUCCAAUCAAUUGAAACCCGACGAACGAAUCGGUUUCGAAGUGUUUUUACCCAUUCUUCAGACCAUAUCGAAGAACAGGUCCACCGAUACGGCCGAAGACUUCAUCGAAGGUCUGCGCCAUUUCGACAAAGACGGCUCCGGGUAUAUCAGUUCCGCUGAACUCAGACACCUGUUGACCACUUUGGGCGAGAAGUUGACCGACGAUGAGGUCGAGCAGCUGUUGGCCGGACAGGAGGACUCUCAGGGGAACGUCCACUACGAGGACUUCGUGCGGCUUGUCAUGAGUGGGUAGACAUAGCGUCUCUC